UCUAGGGUGGUGGCCUGUAUGACGGCCACUCUGAGUCAGAUGGAUGACAACCACUAUUCCUGCUACCUGGAGACCUUCUCAGGCACCGACCUAGUGGUGAGACAUCCCACACACACACGCAUGCCUGCACACAUACACACAUCCAUACUCACACACUCUCUGUGUUGUUGCAGGACUUUCUGAUGGAGACAUUCCUACUGUUUAAGGAUCUGAUUGGGAAGCACGUCUAUCCCUCUGACUGGAUGGCCAUGAUCAUGGUGCAGAACAGGUACUAUACAUGCACACAUGCACACACACACACGCACACACACACACACACACACACACACACACACACACACACACACACAUGAGAUAUCUCUGACAUCAGAUGUAGUCUCACAAAUCAGACUUAUUUCUGAUGAUGGUAACAUUGUGAUUAUGGUGCAGAACAGAGACUGUACAAACAGCUGUAGUGUAGAGUUACAAUGUAGCGUAGCAGCUGAAGACACACACCCCAAAACAGUUAAGGAGCACCAAGCAGAUGGACAAUGA